AUGGCUGCCGCCGCGAAGAGGCUCGUCGUCUGCGGUGGAAGCGGCUUCCUAGGUUCCCGUAUCUGCAAAUAUGCUGUUGCCAGAGGGUGGGAAGUCACAUCAAUAAGUCGAUCCGGAGAACCGCAAUGGGACUCAGUCACCUCGUCGCCUCUCCCGCCAUCCUGGUCACACAAAGUAUCCUGGGAACGCGGCGAUAUCCUCCGGCCCGUCACGUACGCACCUCUACUCAAAGGCGCAGACUAUGUUGUUCACAGCAUGGGCAUCCUCCUUGAGGCAGACUACAAGGGCAUCGUGUCAGGCAAAGAGUCGCCCUUCACGGGCCUGCAAAAGAUGUUCUCACCCGUUCGCGAACGUGGUAUCAACCCGCUGGAUAAACAGGCCGGCGAAGACAUCAAGCCAGCUAGCCCAACUGACCAAUUCUCCUACGAGGUCAUGAACCGCGACAGCGCAGUUGCACUGGCUAAACAUGCCGCAGGCGAGAAAGCCAGCGUGUUCUGCUACAUUUCUGCCGCUGGAGGUGCCCCAAUCAUGCCGCCACGUUACAUUACAACGAAGAGACAGGCCGAAAUUGCUAUUACGAACAACUUCCCUGAGAUGCGAGGCGUCUUUAUGCGGCCGCCGUUCAUGUAUGACACCUCGCGCAAGAUGACAAUGGGCAUGGCGGCCAUGGCUGGCGCAGGCACACUAUUCACCAGGAUGACGGGGAACUACUUGAAAGAUUUCAUGGGUGCUGCUGGUACCAAACCACUCCAGGUGGACACGGUUGCAGAAGCAGUUGUUGAGGCUCUCAGCGAUGACACAGUCAAGGGUCCGGUUGAGGUUCCCGAAAUUGAGGACCUUGCAAACAAAGGUUGGCGAAAGAGCAUGUUGUAA